UUGGUGAUUUUUAUCUGCGCCGCCGCGGCCGCUUCGCAUUUCAAUCUUUUGUCGACACGUUGGAUCGACACCUUUUGUUCGUGGUUUCAGGGAUUGUCUGCUGGACACAGUAUGGAACGGCGGUUCCAUCUAGAUCUGUAUCACUCAUUCUAGGCUGCUGUGGGCUGUAAUUGGUGCACUUGUGUACGGGUAGGUGGAAAUUUCAACAUAUUGAUCUGUGCAUGUGAAUUGCGGUGUCGGAUGGGCGUACAAGCAUGGGAGAAUUGCAAAUUGGGACUCACAAGCUUGUAGAAGCGGAAAUGGAGAUGGGUUAUGACUGCAAGACCGAGGACAUAGUUGAUGAAGUGGCAGAGUCAUGGGUAACUUAUGAGAGGGAAUGCUACUGGGAGGCCGUUUUAGUUUGAGGUUCAGAUGAGUAUUAUCUGAGGUGCUGGUCAGUCACAACAUUUGGCUACAGAACAAAGCAUUUUUGUGAUCAUUGGUGGCAGUUUUGCCCCUGGGGCUCUUAUACUCUGACUCCUCAUUUUGGGUCUCAUCACGAUGCUGGAAGUGCACAGAUGCCGACAGAUUGAGUGGUCUCCAAGCGGUGUCGUUGCACUUGCCACCAGCGUAGAUGGGACAGCUGUAGCUGUUGCUCGGGAGAACGGUGCUAUAGAGAUUUGGAGUGUUGCUGCUGGGUCCCUAGGAUGGUAUUGCCAGUUGAUUAUACCAGGGAGACAAGGUUCAGCUAUUUCGUCUCUGGUAUGGUGCCAGUCUCUAGAGGAAGAUUCAUCACCUCUCGGCAGGUUAUUCUCCUCAGGGCUCGAUGGCUUGGUCACCGAGUGGGAUCUUCAAACUCUCCAACCCAGAGCGGUGAUGGAGUCAAUGGGAGGAUCCAUAUGGCAAUUGGCUGCAGAGCACAUGGAUACAAUUGUGUCCAGGAGCCUAAAGGGAAGCUCAAACAGUAGUGUUCGUGAAACCGAGGGAAAUGACAGUGACGACGAAGGAAGCAGUAGCAGCAGUGAUAGUGACGAUGAGAGCGACAAUAGACCGCAAAGAGUGGCGCUUGCUUGUGAAGAUGGUGUUGUUAGAAUAUUUGAAGUUGCUACAGCCCAGCAUGGUCUAGUGUAUCGGAAGUCUUUCCCUCGAGUUAUAGGUCGAAUUUUGAGUGUUGCGUGGACUUGGGAUGGAGGGAGACUGGUUGCCGGUGGUUCGGAUGGGUGCAUAAGAUGCUGGGACAUUGCCAACACUAGAGAAAUAUAUCGAAUUACUGCUGGCGUCGGUGGCAAAAGAAGUGAUGCUGAUUUAUGCAUAUGGUCUUUGUUGGUUCUAAGGAAUGGAGACAUUGUUAGUGGUGAUAGCAGUGGUAGCACUCAGUUUUGGGACGGUCACCUGGGAACACUCUUGCAAGCUCAGACUCGGCAUGAUGCUGAUGUGUUGGCCUUAGCCACUUGUGGUGACAAUGUUUUUGCUGCAGGGGCUGAUGGAAGGGUGGUACAAUUUCGUAGAGUGGCCGAGAGUCAACGGCUGGAUGCCUCUACAUCAGAUGCUAUUGACGUUGCCAGAGGAGGUUCGGGUGAAAAAUGGAUAUAUGUAGGCAGCAAACGCACUCAUACUCAUGACGUCAAGGCCCUCACUAUCGCUACUCCGAUUCUGUCGCGAGUAACAUUUGGAGAUAAAUCUGGAGCGAAGAUGGAUAAGAGCAUGAAAGAAAAGACAAAGAGGCGGAGAACAAAAGAAAAUCCAAAUUCAGGUCCUAAUGAUCACAGGAAAUGGGCCCGUGCACAAACUGCAAUGCUGAUAUCCGGUGGUAAUGACGCAAAACUCUUCACAUAUCCUGCGAAUGGAUUCCUCUCUUUCUACCCUCACGAUGUUUGUCCCUGUCCCGAAAGGCCCUUUAUCCAGCUGGUGCAGCAAUCAGCCAUUAAUGGAGACAUUUUGUUGAUGGCUCAGCAUCCAAACAGAGUUGACAUCUGGAAAUUUCAUAGUAAAGCAUCAACGGCUAUGGAAUCUGCUAAUAGAAACUACUAUGGGAAUGGACACUCGGUAUUGGGAAAGCGAAAAUGGGAAGGAGAAUCAUAUUCAGGUACUGCUGGUAGGGAGCUGAUGAGUAAUGGAAACUCUAACAGUGUUUCAAAAGCAUUUGUACCUCAUAGCAAUGGUCAUGCGUCAACGCAGAAUGGACAGAGAAAGCCUCUCCCGGACAGGUUUGGGAAUUCUCCUGGUCAGUCUUAUGGAAAAGCUCCUGGCACACCACCAGCGCUCUUAGCAACAAUUAAGAUAAAUUCGAGUGAGAACAUUGUAUGCAGUACUAUAUCAGGUAGUGGAGACCUAGUUGCUUUCGCCGACAGUCAGAGGCCUCGUUUGUAUGUGCUAGAGCGCAAGGGGACAUCUGAUUUAUUCCAAAUUAAAAGGAAGAAACUUCCAUCAAUUCUACAAACUGUCAACUGCAUGAUUUUCAGUGCGGACUCUAGCCGUCUAAUUAUGACAGGGCCUCGGGGAGUCAUUUGGGUUGUUGACCCAAAAAGUGCAGAACUAGUUCAUACAUUUCAUGUCCCUACUCAUAAGAAUGAUCGAUGGGCGAAUGGGCUUGUGAAAGUAAUGUGCGCAAGUCCCGAUGGGCAAUGGCUAGCUGCUGCAUCAAGCACUGGGCAAAUAGCUGUUUUCAAUUUCGAAGUUUUGAGGCACCAGUGGACAGUGCCAGUGCUUGACGGGACCCCGGCGACAGCAAUGGUUUUUCAUCCAGGAAGUAACAACGUUCUUUUUGUGAGCAGUGCUGCCAAUCAGAUUCAUGCUUUAGACGUGGAAGCGAGGGCUCCUGGACAAUGGUCAAGGCAUAAUGGUGCUCGUGUUGCUAAGAAGUUGCAGGACUUCCCGGGUACUAUUAUUGGGCUUUCGCUACCCUCAUACCCGAAGUCCACAUCGAUCAUUGCUUACAGUUCCAGUGCCAUGUGUCAUAUCGACUUAAGCCAACCAAUAGGGGAAGAAGCUGCGCCAUUGGUGGAGAAGAUGACUGAAAAUGGUUCAGAUGCAGUUGAUAAUCGAAAAGGGCAUGCAGGUGUGAAUGGGAAUGGGAAUGGAAAUGGGGUUCUUGCUGGGGUUAAUUAUAGUAGUAAUAAUGGGGAGAGUAAGAGUUUGGUAGUGGUGAAUUUGAAGAAUCCUGUUCUUUUCUUAGGUCAUACUGGGCGUAAUUCUGUACUGAUCGUAGAAAGACCUUGGAUAGAAGUCUUACGGCAAUUUCCUGCCCCUGUCUCUAGGCAUAUUUACGGUAAUUGAGAUAAAGCAAGGGCUAAUUCAUCUCUUGCUCUCUCAUUUUUUGAGUGUAAGAUACUAUCGAUUUUUUUAGUAAUUUUAUCUUUUGAUUUAAGGUCAUUAACUGUAGACAAUUUUACGACCAAGUUUGAAACGUUUGUGUUCGACUAAUCCUGGUAUUGCAAUGUAUGUAAAUAUUGAAAGUAUCAAAAUAAAGGAUCUUUUUAAA